CCCACCGGCCUCCUGCAUGCCCUCUGUUUUACUUUACCUUUCUCACUCUUUUCCCAUCGUUGGUCUCUCUCUCUCGCUAGCUAUUGGGAGGAGAAGGGAGAGCUUGGAGAGCGUUGCGGCUGGUUUCUCUCCCCAGAAAUCUCGGCAAGGCCUCUAAAUUCCAAUGGACAAAGAGGGAGAGAGGCAAAGAUCGGGAGAGAAUAUAGUGGAGGAUUCGAGGUAAAGAGGAGAUGGUAGAGUAAUAGAGAGGACAGAGUCAUCGUAGAUGGUUCCUUUGGUUUGACUUGUGCGUGGCGGCUGCUCUACCUCCUGCUUCCAUUUUCUUUCUCUUUUUAUUUUUAUUUUUUUCGCUCUGGCUGGCUUUUGUUCAUGGGUGGCGACUCCUUCCUUCCAUGAUCUACGACUGGGUCUUCACCGACCCCGUUCCUUUCUCGGUUCUUCUCCUCUCUUUUCCUCCUCAUUUCCUCCUUUCCUGCUUCCCCUGUUCUUCGCCGCAGCAGCCUUGGCCCCACGAAUCCGAUCCUAUCGAGAUAGUUCGAUUCAAUCCUCCUCCUCGGUUAAAUUUCCUGCAUCGAAGUCCUCUCUUUGGUUUAUCGAAUUGAUUGUUCGUAUUAUCGUAUGCGUUUUCUGGAUUAAAAUUGCAUCUUUUUAUGAUUCUCGCCGUCCCAAAACGGCCGCCUUUCUCGGGGAAUAUCCGUAAAAAUUGUACUUUUGUGAUCCCAGCGCGUUAGCGUAUCCCGAUUUGUUAUUCCUUCGAAACCUGAAUCCAAUCUCUCUUGAUUAAGGCGUGGGUUUUGAUUCUUCUGAUUUGGUCUGCCCAUGGGUUGCACGAGCUCGAAGCAGGCCCGCCGGGACAUGAGGCGGAGCCGGUCGCCGUACGCCCGGAGCUACUCUGUCCCGCUCCACGAGGCCGCCGGCGCCGGCUGCCGAAGGAAUGGCGAGGGCUACCACGUGGUCACCCUCGCGUCGUCCACACUUGGCUCCCUCAAGCUCGACCGUGGCCCGAGCCCCAACGACCUCCCCGGCUCCGACGAGGAGAUGAUGAAGAGCUCCCACGACUGCGGUCGCGACGGCCUCGCCGACGAUCUCGGCAAGGCCAAGGCCUGGUCGGAGAUGAUCGAGCGCCGGAUCCCGAAGACCCCCACCAAGACCCCGCCCAACGAGCCGGAGACCAUCAACGCCUGGGAGCUCAUGGAGGGCCUCGAGGACACCAGCCCCCUCCGCCCCACCUCCGCCGCCACCGGCGUCGACCGCUCCUUCUCGUUCCACACCACCCGCGACGCCUUCCCGGCGCCAGAGUCCCUCCCAACAUCCCAUUUGGCCAAUGGAUCCUCCUCCCUGAAGCCCGGCUGGAUGCAGCUAGGCCCCGGCGAUUCCAUCAUCUCCGACUUCGAUCCCGAGAUCCUCGCCACCUUCCGGAAUGCCCUCGAGGAGUUCUCCCCGCCGCACCCGGCCUUCGGCCGGCCUCCUGAGCCGCCAGAGAAGGUGACAGAGUGCCGGCAUUCCAGCGAAAUCCCGAAAUCCCAAGGAAUUGUCCGAGCUCGGAUCAAUGCAUUCCAAGAGAGAAUCGAUGCGAGGAGGGCUACUUUCAAUUCCAACGCUGCAAAGGUGGCGCCUUUGGAUAAAUGCCCACCGGGCGGCAAGGGGAAGGUGGUGUUCUACUUCACAAGCCUCCGAGGAAUUCGAAAGACUUACGAGGAUUGUUGGGCAGUGAGAUUAAUACUACAAGGCUACGGUGCUCGCAUCGACGAGAGGGACGUAUCGAUGCAUGGGGGGUUCAAGGAGGAGCUCAAGGAGAUACUCGGGGCCGGGCAUGGUGGCGGGAGACUGCCAAGAGUCUUUGCAGAUGGCAAGUACUUGGGAGGGGCUGAGGAGGUGCGCCAAAUGCACGAGGCCGGAGAAUUGGGCACAGCUUUGGAGGGAUGUGAGAUGGCGGUGGUGGGGAAAGGCGGCGGCGUCGUGGAGGCAUGCGAGGGGUGUGGCGGUGUGAGGUUCGUGCCAUGCGAGACUUGCUCGGGGAGCUGCAAGGUGUAUGUGGAGGAGGAGGAGGAGGACGAGGAGGAGGAGGAGGAAGGGGGCUUCCGGCGAUGCCCCGAGUGCAACGAGAAUGGGCUCGUCCGGUGCCCGCUGUGCUGUUGAGGAUUGGUAGGCUUAUUCUGCGGGGGUUUUAGCGAGGUGUUUGAUGGAUUGUUGUAGUGUGUAUAGAGAGGAGGUGAAGAAGUCCGGACCCAAGAUAGAGUUCAAAGUUUUGAAAGGUUCUCAGGAAUGUCUUUAUGGCUUUAUUUUUUCUUUAUUUUUUCUUUUUCUUUUUGAGUGGAGAAGACAGAGAAUUGAGGUGCAUUGAUAUGUAAUAAAAAGAGAAAAAAUAGAAGCAAUACGACCUGGAUUUUGGUUACUUCUUGUUCUUGUGUCUACUUCUUAAUAUUUCUCUUGAAAACUUUUCUUGUAUUUGCUUCUUAGUAUUUCUCUUGGAAACUUUGUUUUAUAUGUUCUUCAUUAUUCAUUUUUGUCAUA